GGCCAGUGGUAGGGGCACGCUCGAGGAUGCCAGUCUUCUCCGGGACACGGAUCCGGACAGCAGGAUACUUUUUGAUAUUUCCUCCUCUUCGUCGAACCGCGAGCUAAAACUUUUCUUUCAUUUUGUUGUUGUUGUUUGAUUGUGUUAAAUCCUCCUGACUAUUUUUAUAUUCGAUAAAUUGAAAAAGGUGAAUGUUGCUUUGUGAAUGGGGCAACUAUUAUAAGUGUAAAGAUGAAACCGAAGAUUGAGGAUUCGUGACCCUUCUUCUUUUUAUCGACGGGAUAAAAGAUGAAGGCCGAAUUGGAAAUAGACAGCGAGUGUUCGGAUAGCAUGAUCUGCUCUACCAACAACAACAACAACAUCAGUGCCAAUAACAACAACAACAAAAGCAACACUCAGAAUAAUAAUAAUAAUAUUAACAACAACAACAACAACAACAACUGUCAUGGGUCUGGUAAGAAAGGAAACAAUGCAACUGCGUUGACGAAGGGUACUAUUAUGGCUGGGAGUGGUAUUGGUGUUAAAGAAAAUGGUCAACAACAGGAUAACAUGGAAAUGGAUUGUGGCGGUUGCGGAGAAAGUGUCCGAGAACGUACCGUUCUAUGUGUUGGGGGUCGAACAUGGCACUCGAGAUGCCUCAAGUGUUGCGCCUGUGCCAGACCCCUGCAUGAUCAACACUCCUGUUUUCUUCGAGGAAUGAGACUCUAUUGUCGACAAGAUUACGCUUUAACAUUCGGUGCUAAAUGUGCGAAAUGCGGACGAAGCGUUGGUGCAGGUGAUUGGGUUAGGAGAGCCCGCGAAAGGGUUUACCAUUUGGCUUGUUUUGCCUGUGAUGCUUGUUCGCGUCAGUUAUCGACCGGUGAACAAUUUGCACUGUUGGAUGCUCGAUUACUAUGUAAGGCACAUUAUCUCGAUGUGGUCGAGGGUAAUAAUACUUCUUCCUCCGAAGAUUGUGAUUCCGAACACGGUGGGAAGGGUAGUAAAACGAAAAGGGUGAGAACAACCUUCACCGAAGAUCAACUUGCCGUAUUGCAAGCGAAUUUUCAAUUAGAUAGUAAUCCCGAUGGUCAGGAUCUCGAGAGGAUAGCACACGUAACUGGUCUGAGCAAGAGGGUUACCCAAGUUUGGUUUCAAAAUUCUAGGGCAAGGCAGAAGAAACACAGCGGAAAAAUUAAAACUCAAAUGCACCAUUCACCGCCAAUGCAUCACCCAACGGAAUUGUAUACCAGUGGGGUGAGCGUUGUCGGAGCCUACUUAGGUGGUUACCAAGGUGGCAGUGCCGGAAGCGAAAGUCCCGGAAGUCCAUUAACUCCACUGACACCAAUGACACCCUUAACACCAACCACUCCUACUCAUCAUCAGCCACAAUUUUGUCAUCAGGCGGGAUAAAAAUCUACCCGAUGCUUUUUUGCUGAUCUUUUUUUUUUUUUAUAUAUAUAUAUAUAAUAUGUACAUAGAGAA